AAUUUGUUGAAUGCAUUGCAUGUGAUGUUUGUUUCAUUCAAAAGCAUUGUUGACAUCACUUGUGGUAAUAGUUGUGAUAAUUAACAGAAAUGGAUAAGACUUCGAAAGACAAUAAAGAUAUGGCAAAGAGUUUGCGAGUCGAUAAAGAAGAAUAUGUUUUACGGAAGAGAUUGGCCACACAUUUGCCGAAACAAUUGAAUCAUUUCAAUGUUAAUAUGAAAACCAAUUUUGGAGUUCAAUUGAAACGAUGUCAACAAACACUGGACACCAACUGUGACCACAUUGUCAUACAUGGAUUGGCCAAAGCCGUCAAUCGGGCCAUUAAUAUGGCUCUUCAACUACAACAAUCCAACCACUUGGAGAUAUCGUGUACGACAUCAUCGGUGGAUAUGAUGGAUGACUUUGAGCCCAUUGGACACAAUCGUGAUAUUAAUGAGUCCUUCACUCAAAAGAGAACUGUUUCCGCAAUUCAUAUCAAACUUUAUCGCAAAUCACAACUAAAUAAAUGA